CCCAGGCGGCCAGGCCAAAUCAAUCAAGCAUUCACCUGCUCCCUCCGCUUCGCUUCCUUUCUCCCCCCGCCAGCCACCGCUGCCCUGCCUGCCUGCCUGCCGCGGGGGUCCCUCCUCCCUCCGGCUCCACCCUCCUCCUCUCUGCUCCGCUGUGCGCAACCAAACAACCGCCCCGGAUCGCUCCCCCCACCCCAGAUCCGCUCCCGCUAGCUCAGCUAGGCUCCUAGCAGCAGCGGGCGGCGUGGUUGUGGUUGCGUGCGGGGAUGGAGAGCCUGGCGCAGCGGGCGGCGCUGCUGCGGGAGUCGCUGGGGAAGAGCCAGGCGGCCACGGAUGCCGUCGUCUCCAUCCUCGGCUCCUUCGACAGCCGCCUCUCCGCGCUCGACGCCGCCAUGCGCCCCAUCCAGGUGAGGACGCACGCGGUGCGGACGGCGCACGAGAACAUCGACCGGACGCUGCGCUCCGCCGACGUGAUCCUCACACAGUUCGACCGGACGCGAGAGGCAGAGCGUGAAAUACAGAAAGGUCCUCAUGAGAAUCUUCAAGGUUUUCUAGAUGCAGUGGAUCGGUUGAGAAGUAUCGAGCGUUUCUUUAGCUCAAAUAGGAGUUACAGUAGCAGUGACCGGGUGCUCAGCCAUGUGAAUGCCCUCCUUUCUAAGGCCCUUGUGAAGAUGGAGGGUGAAUUCCAGAAUCAAUUGUCGCAGCGCAGCAAACCUAUGGAGCCUGACCGUCUCUUCGAUUGCCUUCCAAGUACACUUAGGCCAUCUUCGGAAUCUCGGUCUGAAGGUGGAAAACACCCAUCUGCUGGCGCACAAUCUGAAAAUAUGGAGGCUGUCGCAUACAGCCCUCCUGCUCUUAUUGAGCCCAAAUUUAUUCCUUUGCUUGCUAAAUUAGCACAACAAUUGGUUCAAGCUGGAUGCCAACAGCAAUGUGCAGAAAUAUACAGCGAAGCUCGUUCUUCCGCUUUAGAAUCGAGUUUGAAGAACUUAGGUGUUGAGAAACUGAGUAAAGAGGAAGUGCAGAAAAUGCCUUGGGAAAUUUUGGAGUCCAAAAUAGGGAACUGGAUCCAUUUCAUGCGAAUUGCUGUGAAACUUCUUUUUGCUGGGGAACGCCAGCUCUGUGACCAAGUCUUCGAGUGUAGCCAAUCUUUGAGGGAUAAGUGCUUUUCUGCAAUAACCAAGAACAGUUUAGCUACUCUACUCAGCUUUGGAGAGGCAAUUGCUAUGAGUAAAAGGUCACCAGAGAAACUGUUUGUUCUGCUAGACAUGUAUGAGAUAAUGUGUGAACUCCAAACAGAGAUUGACACGAUCUUUGUUGGAGAAUCAUGCUCGCAAAUGCGCGACUCUGCACUCAGUCUGACAAAAUGUUUAGCACAAACCGCACAGAAGACUUUCAGUGAUUUUGAAGAAGCUGUUGAGAAGGACGCAACAAAGAAUAUUCAUACUGAUGGAACAGUGCAUCCUUUGACGAGCUAUGUGAUUAACUAUGUUAAGUUUUUAUUUGACUAUCAAUCAACCCUGAAACAGCUCUUCCAGGAGUUCAAGAGGGAAGAUGGAACGGGCUCUGAGUUGGCAACUGUAACCAUGAGUAUUAUGCAAGCUUUGCAGAAUAACUUGGAUGCAAAAGCAAAGCAAUACAAGGAUCCUGCAUUGAUGCACAUAUUUUUGAUGAAUAACAUUCAUUAUAUUGUCAAAUCUGUCCGCAGAUCGGAAGCCAAGGAUUUACUAGGUGAUGAUUGGAUUCAGAGGCAUAGAAGGAUUGUGCAGCAAAAUGCAAAUCAAUACAGAAGAGUUGCUUGGUCAAAGGUGUUACAAUGCCUUUCUGGUCAAGGUUUGACUUCAUCAGGAGGUAGUGGUCAAGUAGGAACCGACGGAGGCAACAGCAGCGGAGCUUCAAGAACAGCUGUAAAAGAGAGAUUCAGGUCUUUCAAUGUGUUAUUUGAGGAGAUUUAUCAAAAGCAGUGUGGCUGGUCUGUUCCAGAUUCAGAGUUGCGCGAGUCACUAAGACUCGCGGUUGCAGAAAUUCUGUUGCCUGCAUACCGAUCUUUUCAAAAGCGUUUUGGGCCUCUCAUCGAGAACAGCAAAGCGCCUGGGAAAUACGUCAAGCACACGCCCGAGCAACUCGAGCUAUUUCUCGGUAAUUUGUUCGAGGGGAAACAAGAGCGCCCCUGAUAGGGGUGUGUCGCUGCCUGCCUGAUGCACUUCAGUGAGGAUGUGCCGUGCUGGAGUUUUCUGUAAAUUAGAGCUGAUUGUUAGCCAUUAGUUUGGGUGUAUGAGUUGUACAUAACAUUUGUGUUUAUUCGUUCACUAGUUCCGGCUUAUGUAUUUUGUUUAUCCGUUCUGGUGGUUUGGCGUGUGUUUUUUGGGGGAGGAUGCUCUCUGAAAACCUUGUUACUCUAUUCGAUCUAGGAUUCACGUAGUUGUGACGUGAGUGCCUCCUCAUUUUCAGUUCUGAACAGUGGUAAUAAGUGGCUCAGUAUUAGAGUAGGCCACAAUGAUCAGUGUGGCCUUGCGUAUUGGUUUUGUCCUGGUCUUGUUAAUUACUCUACCCCUACUCGAGAGCACUGAGAAUUUGGUCCACGCAUGUAAAA